GGACCCGCCGCGGUCACAACGCUCGGUCCUCCAGCGCCAUAGAGCUGGCGGGCAGAGCGGCCUGCGCGCGCUUCCGGCGCGCACCGGAAGCGCCGCCUCUCUCCCAUAACCCCCCGCGCGCUCCCUCUCCCGCCUCUCUCCAGCGCCGCCAUCAUGGGCAUCGACAUCCGCCAUGACAAGGACCGCAAGGUGCGGCGCAAGGAGCCCAAGAGCCAGGACAUCUACCUGCGCCUGCUGGUCAAGCUGUACCGGUUCCUGGCUCGCCGCACCAACGCUCCCUUCAACCGCGUGGUGCUCAAACGCCUCUUCAUGAGCCGCUCCAACCGGCCCCCGCUGGCCCUGUCCCGCCUGAUCCGGAUGAUGCGCAAGCCGGGCCGCGCCGAGCGCACGGCCGUGGUGGUGGGCACGGUCACGGACGACGUUCGCAUCCAGGACGUGCCCAAGCUCAAGGUGUGCGCCCUGCGGGUGACGCGCGGCGCCCGCGCGCGGAUCCUCCGGGCCGGGGGCUCCAUCCUCACCUUCGACCAGCUGGCCAUGGCCACGCCCAAGGGCAAGGGCACCGUGCUGCUCUCAGGUGGGCAAAGACCCCUCCCCAAAUUCACAAAAAUCAAAAAAAUCCCCGUUGAAAUCACUUAAACCACCCCAAAAUAA